UCAGCCUCCCAAAGUGCUGGGAUUACACUGUGUGAGCCACCGCACCCGGCCCCAAAGUUUUAAUUUCUGCUUGAAAGCCCAAAAUUUGUGUUUAGCAACAAAUACCGUCCUUGAAAUAGCAGGCUUUUUUUAUUUUCCUUGAAAUAGCAGGCUCACUGUAUUUACUUUUGACAAAGUGUCUAUAAAUACACAAAUCUGAGUAAUCAUAGUUUUUCUCAGUCAUUCUUUCAAGGAAAGACGAUGUUCUGUGAAAAACAGUGGCUAAGCUUGCAGCUCAGUCACGCAGGUACUUUUUCUUCCUGAAGAUAACCACCGUGCUCUGGCCUGCAGCGGAAGUGCUGAAUGAGUGGUUAACAUUUUGUUACAUGGCAUAUUAAAAAGAUGUGUACUCAAGAAUCAGUAUUUAAUAAAAUUAAUAAUUUUACUGCUUCAUCAAGGACACUGAGGUAAAAUUGACUUAAAAAAUAGUUGUGUGUGUGGCAGUAGAGAAUAUAAUGACCGCUGAUACAAUGAGAUGCCACUGCCUUGAUUUAUGCUAAGCCACCAGUUGUUUUACCUGCCAUUGCUUUUGCACCAGCAAUGUAAGUGUCAACACUGCUGAAGAUAGUUUUGACCUUACGGGACUCCCAGAAAGGGUCUUGGGCCACACUUCAAAAACCAGUGGGUAAGACUAAACUGCCCAUCAUUCAUCUGCAUGCUCUAGAUUCUCUUGCUUUCCAUAUCUUGGUUCCAUGCGCCCUCUACCCGGAACAUUCGUCUUCACCACCACCUCUCCCUCCCCCGUGUGUGUGCAUAUUCACACAUUUGUAUACAUCUACACAUGUAUAAGUGUGUAUGUGUGUAUAAAUGCACAUGUGUGUACAUUCAGCUAGUACUGGUAUAAUCGUGUGCAAUGAUCUCAUCCAGUAGACUGUAGACUGUGGGCCAGGUUUCAUAUUUAUCUUGGUGGGCAGGAGCACCAAGUACCGUGUGUGGCACAGCUAAUCACUCGUUAAAUGUUAGCUAUUUUCAUCAUCAUCAACAUCAUCAUCAUUGCAACGGCUUAAUACAUUUUUCUUUUUUAACAAAUAAAGAGUUUGGGUUAGUUUUUCCCAUGGUUUCCUUAGAACGUUUGUUCUCUGUGAUAUCAGUUUAAGUGUUGAUGAACGGGCAUCUGUGGUCAGCUAGAUUUGGGAAUGCUCAAAUACGUUUUUGACUGAAGGAUUUUCAAGAUCUUUUAUUGUAUAAGGUGUAUAUUGUGAAUCUUUAAGGGGAAUGGGAGGCUAUAGAAUGUUGCAUUUCCAAAGCUGAAUAACUUGUGAACCUUCUUUUUUUGGCAUAACUCAUAAAAUUAGGUUUCUUGGAAUUUUCUUUGGGAAAUGAUCACGUAGUCUGGCCUUUUCCUUUUUACAGAUGAGGAAACUGAUGACCUAUAUUCAUUCUUGCAUUAAUUUAUACCUCAGAUAUGUAGUGAGUACUUCUUAAAGUUAGACACUGCUAGGUUGGGUAAUACACACAAUAGCAAGUGAAAAAAAAAAACCAGAGUUGGGGAAAGUGUUAAUUAUACUGUUUAUAUGGAGUAGAUGAUUAAGUGGGAGGUACAGACAUUAAUGAAGUAGUUACUGAAAUUAGAACUGUUAUAUGAAUGGUGUGUAGGAAGGUACACAGUGCUAAAUCAUUUGUUUUUUGUUUUGCUCACUUUCAAAGCUCUGCCAGGCCUGUUUAGGUCUUCCUCUCAACAUUUUGCCAGUGCUGGCAGCUCUGUGAUCCAGACUGCUGAAGAUCAGUAAAGAUGUCCAUUUGCCCAGCUGCAUCAUCUGAGAGUGUAGCAUGUUGAAGACAUGAUCUGUUACAGCGUGAGACAACUUUCUCUUAGUGCUUCAUGUUUAGUAGGUUAUCCUCUUCAAAGAAGCCUGAAACUUCUUCAGCCACAUCAUGUUCCUGCCAGAAUCUGAAAACCAACAGGCUUUCAAGAGACCAAGGGUUGAGUGGAGUCAUUUAGAGAAUGGCAUGUAUCCAGGUUACUAAAUUUGAAUAACUCAAGUCACCUGUACGGAAAAUCAGUUUGCUGAAAUUAUUCAAUCAACGAUUCUUGAAGUUGAAGAAAAGUUCUUUCUACAGGAGGUUCCAGCCUUGACAGGAAGAGUGUGGCCCUUCCUGGAAUCCCUCUGGACACACCCUCCUAGCUUCCUCUAGGAAAGAUGCGGCAGCUCAAAGGGAAGCCCAAGAAGGAGACCUCCAAGGACAAGAAGGAGCGGAAGCAAGCCAUGCAGGAGGCCCGGCAGCAGAUCACCACAGUGGUGCUGCCCACGCUGGCCGUGGUCGUGCUCUUGAUCGUGGUGUUUGUGUACGUGGCCACGCGCCCCACCAUCACCGAGUGAGCCCCGCAGCCAGCCGCGGACCCCAUCAGCAGGGAGAGGAGGCGCGGGAGGGGGACGCAAACAAAAAAUGGCUUUCAUAUUCAGAGAUGUUCAUGUUGCUGAGCUGUAAGCUGGAGCACCCUGUCUUCUCUGGUCUUUGACUUGAUUAAAGUAUCUCCGCUUUUCUUGGGAGGGAAUAGGGGAUGUUUUAUCAGUGAAUGUGCCAUACACCUUAUGGUCCACUUCAUGUGCCUUUCAGACUUCAAAGCGCGCGCGCGCGCGUGUGUGUUUCUUUUUCUCUCCUAAAAAUCAAUAAGUAGCUCCACCUGAAGAGGUGCGGAACCUCCGGGUCGGGAAGCAGCUGGAAUCCGCACUCACCUCAUUCCCAUUGUUUGGAUCAUGCCUCUUUCCAACACGUGUCACAAUCUCCAAAGGGACUGUAUUUCUUCUCUGUGCUUAAUGUGAUUUGAAAUAUGUUGAAUCAAAGUGAAAUAUUUAUUUUUUGAAUAAAGGAGAUAAUAGCCUUAAACUGGA